GUAUGGACACGGGCUCGUUCUGCGCUCUACCUUCGCCUCAGCGGUUUGAGAGGACGUCAUCGGCCGACCGAACGACGAAGAAAGCAAAGAAGCCAAACCCCAAAACUCUCUCCUUUCCCUCUCUUUUCCUCAAACACGUUGUGGGUUCGCGAUAAUUAGUCCCCUUCGUUUCUCUUGUCAAGUUUCUUCCUCUCCGCCCGUGAAAAAGAAAACCUUCCAAAAGUUCGAUUUUCCUUCCUUUUUUUUGUUUUUUCGGUAUCGUCGCCUCUGCUCCAGUGGCCUUUUGGAGGACUCAAGGAGGAAUUUUGGCUUGUUUUUGAGCGUGAUUUGGGGGCUAUGAGGAAGAAACUCGAAACUCGUUUUCCCGCGUCUCGAAUAAAAAAGAUUAUGCAAGCGGAUGAAGAUGUUGGGAAGAUUGCAUUGGCGGUACCUGUUUUAGUAUCUAAAGCAUUGGAAUUGUUUCUGCAAGAUCUUUGCGACAGAACAUAUGACAUAACCCUUCGGAGAGGAAUGAAGACAAUGAGUGCUUUGCAUUUGAAGCAGUGCGUGCAUAGUUUUAAUGUGUUUGACUUCCUGAAGGAUAUAGUGAGCAAGGUUCCAGACAUGGGAACUUCUGAUGCUGGUGGCGAUGACAGAUCUGCCAAGCGAAGGAAAGCUGCAGAUGAUGACAAUGAUAAUGAGGAGUUGAAGCGAAGUAAAGCUCAUGAGGGGGCAGCAGCUCAUGGUGGUGGUGGCAGAGGACGGGGGCGGGGACGUGGGAGAGGACGUGGUGCCCGAGGUGCUCGUGGUGCUGAUAAGGAUGGUGCUCAUUAUGAUAAAUAUGAAGAUGACCCUGGCUCCUCUCCUCAACACAGUGACAGACCACCUCAUAUGAAAUCUGAAAUAGUGGAUGACGGCAUAAGUGCAAGAGAAUCAAAGGAAACCACAGUUAGCUGUAGUAACGCAGGUGCUGCCAUCCGGAACUUUGACUUGAAUCUGGAUUUGGAUGAGAAUGGAGACACACCUACAGCUGCAGCGACGGCCACAGAUAGCAUCAAAGCAACAGCCACAGCCGCAUCCUCUGAGACAAAUCAUGAAAUGAAGCAUGAUGAGUACCCAGGCUGGUCUCUGUCUGAUAUGGACAAAAUGGCCAUUGAUCCUAUUCAGUUUGCAUUAUCAAACCGAAGAUUAGAUGAAGAGGAAGAGGAUUAUGAUAAUGAAGAUGGUUAAUCAGCAUAUAUAUCUUACCUUCCCAACAGAUUUAUAGGUAGAUCUGACAUCUAAUGUAGAUGAGGCAGCUGCCCUCCCUCCUCUUGAGACAUACUCCUUAAGGGCUCAGGGAAUGGGAUGAAUGAUGUAUAAAGUACAAAUGCACAUUGGGGUGGAAGUGUUAAAACUGUGUUAGCAUGUUUUAGUAACUAAUUGUCACAGUAACAGUUCAUUUGACUUGGAUGUUCUGAUCCUCAUGCUUCAUUGGGGCGUUGCAAAAACCCUAUCGACAUGAGCAGACUGCUAUGAAAGCAGGUAAAACUAGUCAGUUUGGGUUGGAGUGCAGAUCUUGUGUGACCGAUUUUGUUGGAAUUAAUUUAGGUUGGGCCUCUUGCUGUCUUGUGCAACUAGGUUGUGGUUAGGUUGCUUUACAUUUGUUGGUCUGAUGAACUCUUUAUUUGUUUAUUUAUUUAUUUAUCUAUUUAUUU